ACCCCCCGUUCUGUAGCUCUCCUCUAAUCCUGAUUUUUGUAUGCGUGGUGGUCGCUCUUCCGUCUCUCCCAGCCCAGCAGCCAGCAGUCGUCUCCUUCUCUACCUCCCUCGCAUAUCCUGCUCCUCUGUAACCACUGUACUAAAACUAGCCUGUACCUGUACUGUGCUGACAUUAUAUACAGCCCCUUCUCUUUGCUUCUUGCUCGUGCCAAUUGGCAGUUGCCAUUGCCAAUCACCACGUAGAGCUGCAUUAUUGCUUGCUUCGAGGCCAUGGGAACUGCAAGAGUUCGCUUCGUGGUCCUUGUUCUGAUCUCUACGUUUCUCAGAGUCAGAGAAGGCAGAGCCGCGACAUUCACGUUCGUGAACCGGUGCACGGGGACGGUGUGGCCGGGCAUCCAGUCCAACGCCGGAAGCUCGAGGCUGGACACGACGGGCUUCGUGCUGCCGCCGGGCACGUCGCGCGCGGUCCCGGCGCCGUCGGGGUGGUCCGGCCGCGUCUGGGCCCGCACCGGCUGCGGGCAGGACGGCAGCGGCAAGGUGGUGUGCGCGACGGGCGACUGCGGGUCCGGGUCCCUGGAGUGCAACGGGCAGAACGCGGCGACGCCUGCGACGCUGGCCGAGUUCACGCUGGCCUCCGCGGGCGGCAACGACUUCUACGACGUGAGCCUGGUGGACGGCUACAACCUGCCGAUCCUGGUGGAGCCCGCGGGCGGCGCCGCCACCGGCGCCAGUGCCACGACGUGCGCCGCGGCCGGGUGCACGGCGGACCUCAACGAGCGGUGCCCCGCGGAGCUGCGCGCCGAGGGCGGCGCCGGGUGCCGCAGCGCCUGCGACGCCUUCGGCAGGCCCGAGUACUGCUGCAGCGGCGCCUACGCCAACCCCAACACCUGCCGCCCCACCGCCUACUCGCAGCUCUUCAAGUCCGCCUGCCCCAACUCGUACAGCUACGCAUACGACGACCCCACCAGCACCUUCACCUGCGCCGGCGGCCGCGACUACACCAUCACCUUCUGCCCCGUCGCCACCCCAAGCGUGAAAUCGUCGAGUGGCCCUGGAGCGGCAACAACGACGGCGGCACCGACAGGCCCGACGCCGACGCUGCCGGGGGCGACGCCGCGGUCGGCAGGCGGCGGCCCGGAGGGGCAGGGCGUGAUGCUGGGCGACAACUCCUGGCUCGCCAGCCUCGCCACGGGCGACGCGUCGUCCGCGCCGGCGCUCCGGGCCUUGCCCCUCGCGCCGCUCCUGCUCGUCGGCCUGCUCCUGCUUGUGCUGCUAUAGCACCACCAGCGGGAAACCCAGGCAACCGACCGCGUCACGGGCGUGUGAGGCGAAAGCUUUUGAUCUCGGACAGCCUACCGAACGCGCGCGCUCCUGCUACGUUUGAUGAAUCAUCUCCUAGUCACGGUGCAGGCGUGCAGUGCGGCGGAUGAUUUUGACGGCUAGCCGAAUGCGCGCACCCCCAUCCCCAGUCAGCAGCUGAAGGAAAAAAAGUUUAAGUGGCCUACUCAUGGAUGAGGUGGCUGCAGCAUGGACUAGACACAAAUACUAUUAGUGCUGAUGGUGUAUAGUACCGCUGCCGCUUUAAAGUAGUGUACAGUGCAGUGCAGCUCUGAUGGCGCUGUCCCUCGGCACAUGGGAGGAGAUGUGCCAUGCCAUGCCAUCUGAUCUGUGCUUGCGGAUCAAUCAAAUACUACGUACGUGUC